AUGCGACGUGAACUUUGGUCUGUUCUAAUCACUUUUCUUCAAUUGAUGUCAAGUACCAGCUCAAAUUUUCUAUCCGUUUCGCAGCAUGGUCCUCGUGUACUCAUAGGUAAGCUAACAAUUUUGUUUCGUACCGUUUUUAAUUAACAAUAGUUCAGAAAAAAACAAAACAGUUUUCGUUGAACCAUGAUUAACGUCUGUUGAGGAGUUUAAAUAAUUUAUAAAUACGUGCUAAAACCGUGGCUUUGUUACGUUUAAAGUAUACUUCCACAAAAAGAACAUUAGGUGUUCUUUUUUAUAGUUACUUUUAUGUUUGGCAGCCGCGCCCCUAAAUACUCGAUUGGCGGAGUGAUCGGCUUUGUAAAUUGUCUUUAUUUAUGUUUAUUGGUUUGGAUUUGCAUUUUGGCAGCUUAAAGAUUCAGCAUUGUGGUCUUGAGACCAAAAAAAAUCGGAAGCAGUUAUUAUUUUCUAAGAGAACUAAGGCUUUUAAUUUAAACUGAUAUUUAUGGAGACAUUUUGUGUCCUCAGCAAAGUCCUAUGGUGCUCCCUUAAAAUUGACCUGCGAAGAUGUUCUCGCGAAUAAAAUCAUUUUAAGCGGUAUCUCCCUCUUCAAGAUGAAACGAACAGUGGAAGCUAAUCACGUGUUCCCUGGAAUUUACGCUCAGUCUCAGAGUGAAUGCCAAGGCAGUUUCCGUCUUACGAAUAACACACAAGCUGCAGAAUGCGAGCUAAGUUUUGUAGGAAGAAAAAUUCCUUCUGACGUCAUGAUAGUCGCAGUAUAUCAAUGCGCGCAAGAUGGUGACCCGCGGAGGCAAUUGGUUCAUACACGUAAGUUGUAUGUGAUUCAAAUAUGCCAUACAUGUUUGUAGGGUGCAGCUCUGUAAAAACUGUACAGAGAGGUUGAUAGAGGGUGUGUGAAGGGGGGCACAGGAAGGAGGGGGAGGGAUUGGGGAGAUGGAAAAACGUUGCAAAGACACCAACAGCUAGCUUGAAAUGAUUGGUUCAUACUUAUCACUUGUACAAGGAGAGUUUUACAUAAAGUAUUAGUCAAUCCAGUAGUCAAUACACCAUUUGCACAGCUCUCAUGGAUUUCUCUCUUGUUCUGUUUUAAAAAUGGGUCCAAGAAAAUUUUGAAUUUUGAGGUCGGGCCUAUUAGUUCUUACUACAGAUAGAUAGAUAGAUUACGUCAUUAAUUUUUUACACCAAUUCCAGGAGCUUCCGAAUCAGGAGAUUUGAUCCUAAGAUGCGGAAUUAACGGAAUGAUCGACAUUCUGGAUAUCACAAUGAAUGACACUGAUUUAAAAGAACAGGAAAGAGAGAGGAUCAAGCAACAGUGUGCAAUGAAAGCCUUUCAAAAUAAUCAAGCACCUCAACAGCGUAUUGGGCACAAACAAGCCGUGUUCUGCCCUGUGUCGAGACAGGGAAGAGAUGGAAAACUGAAAGUGAGGUAUCAGUGUCUACCAGCUUUACAAAAGGUCUUGAAUCCUGUAUUGGUAAACAAAACGAACACUACGGGAUCUGUAACAAGAAGGUUUGCGAGACAGUUGAAAAGACAGAGCAAGCGUAAGAAACAUACACUGAAGAUUUUUAAGAAAAGUCUCUAA